GGUGCUGAGGAACAAGUCGAACGCCUUGUCGCAACGUCUAGCGCGGAAAAGGUGGAGAAGAAGCGAGCUGCUUCCACGAUUGGAGCCAAGGCUGUAGGGGCGGUGAGAAAGGUCCACAACGCUCCGCACGACAUGAUGCAGUACUCGGCAAAGAUGAUGCGAAACAGCGCCAAAGGUCUCGCAGGCGGCUUCAAAAACUAUCCAUUCCUCAUGACUGCCACCUUUUUGCCCUUUGGCAUAUUCCUGGGAUGCGGCGCCUUUGAUUGCGAUUUCAAGCACGGCAAACCCGAUCCUGCCCUGUCCCCGCUGCCGGCUCCACCUCCGACUCCGGCUCAGGUCAAGCACCUACGGCACGCACGCAGAAGUGAGCUUUCGACUGCCGUGAUUGGCGAGAUUGUGCGACGAUCAGUAGAAGCGGGUCCCAGCAAUGGCGAUGUCGUUCACAACCUGCCAAAAGCCGAUGUCACUAGGACUGCGAAAGCUGUCAAGGCGGGCAAGUCGGCAGCUCGACCCUUUGUCACUGUCGCAAAGGCCAUACAUGCCUACUGGAAGAAGCAUCCCAUCUUUGGGACCGCUGCGCCUAUUGCGGCAACCUUUCUCAUGGCCUGCGAGCUUGCCGGCUGCGACCUGAAGCAUACCGAUACACCGCCCAGAAAGCAGAACCACACUGAGCAUCACGUUAGGCGAGACACGGAAGGCCGCACAGCUGCUCUUUACGACCGUACAGACAGUGAUGGGACUCCACCUAAUACGCUUUUUGGGAGAGACGUCGAUGUACCGCUAGGCCAACGACAUUUCUUGUCCACAGUCCCUGGGCAUUAUGAACCGAUGGUGAUCUAGCAGCAGCAGCAUCGCGUGCCCGUGCCACUUUGCAUGGCCUAAUCUCGCCCCAACGAUUCGAGAACCUGCCGAUGGAGGUGUCCACACGCUUAUCGUCCUUGAGCAGUACUGGCGCUGUACGAAGCUUCCAUCUGGAUCACCAAGCUGCGGGGCAUAGUCACACGAUGGACUCCCAUCCGACUGCCACGGCAGAGCUUUCCGAAGCGCGAGGAGCUAGGCAGACUGCUGCAGGUGAACCACCGGGCAGUCCUAGAACAUGGAGAGGCCGAUUGGUGCGUCUCAAGAACCGAACAGUCAACGGAGCGCUCCGCUUCUAUGACCGUCACCCCAAGGCGACAAAGCUGGGCGCUGGGCUGACGGUGGGUGGUCUGUUCGGCUGCGUCUUGUUCUGCCCCGAGAUUGGCCUGGUAAAGAGCGAGUUUGAUUUGGCUUUCAGGCACACGAACAAGG